CAUAGUAAAACAGCUCGAGUUCAACGUGCAAAUACCUAUAUAAAAAUAUCCGAUUUGUUUUUUACUUUUACUCAAGUUUUUCCAGCCGUCGUUGUAUAUUCGUGUUCCGCGAACUUUUUAAAUUCUUCACAAUAAAGUUUAUACUUAUAUUUUACAUACCUAAUUAUUAAAAUUUACCCUUCAGCUGCAGCUAAAUUGUCUGAGCUUACGGCUGCGUGCAUUUGUUGGACAGAAGCAGUCUUCAAACAACUCGAAUAUUAUAUAUAUUUUAUAUAUUCACCGAUUCAUUAUGUUCGGAGUACUUGCUGUCGUUUUUGCCGUUCAAGCCGCGGCGGUACUGGCCGGCGGCGCCCGGUACCCGUCCGGACUGAAUCCGGCGCUGUGUCCCAAUUAUCCGCACUGCGACAACGUGCUGUUGGCCGCAUACGCCCAACCGGCGGCUGGCAACGAUUACAAUGACCACUACACCAACAACAACGCGGGUCAGUAUUACGGUUCCGGUUACCAACACCAUCCGUCCGAAGCGUCCAACUACCACAACAACCAGCCGCUGGUCCCGUCACCGUACACUGAGCCCGGUUAUCCGGCUGGUCUCACGUCAUCCAAUUGCCCCAACUACCCGUACUGCUCGCAUCAGGUGCCGGCCGAGGCGCACAGGUACGUGCACAAGAGGUACCCGUCUGGUGUCAGUCCGCAUAACUGCCCCAACUACCCGUACUGCCACUGACGGUCCAUCGCCUACAUACUAAAAUAAUAUUAUGUCAUGCGCAACAUGCAUGCAUAUUAUUAUUAUUAUUAUUAUAGUGCAGAUUUUAAGACGCACUCACACAGUUAGCACUAAGUACAUAAAUAUUAUAUUUAAAUACAUUAUAGUGCAUUAUACACUUUAUACCUAUGUUAUGUUUAUGGCUAAAAUCUACACACACACAUAGGGGCAACACAUUUUAUAAGUAUACAUAUUACAUAUUUUUAUGUUGAACACCCAUUAACCCAAUUUACCUGUAUAUAAUUCAUGUACCUAUGCACUUAUUAUAAUGCCGAAGUACUGUGGCGUACAUCACGCACGAAUAUAGCUAUAUAUAGCUAUAUAUCAAAAUUAUGUAUUAU